AGGCAGUGCAAGCAAAGCAGCUAGCAAACGCACGUCGUAGCGCUAGCUUAACUAAGCUAAACCAGGUAGCCAGCCAUGAACAUGAACUACGGCUCCAUGGGUCCUGGCGCGAUGGUGCGGUGCAGGCAGUGCAGCUCGAGCAUCACGGCGAUGCCCGGCGCCCGCGCCGUGCAGUGCAUGCAGUGCAGCUGCGUGACGCGCGUCAGCGGCCGUGGCCGGCAGCAGCACGGCUACGGCCAGGGUUACGGGAACGGCGGCGGGAUGCUGAUGCCGCCGAUGCGUCCCACCCCGGCCUUCGGCGGCGGCCGCGGCAAGAAGCGCGCCGUGCUGAUCGGGAUCAAGUACACCAACCGGCGCUCCUGCGAGCUGCGGGGCCCCAUCAACGACGUCAAGUGCAUGCGGUACCUGCUCACCGAGCGCUUCGGCUUCCCCAACGACUGCGUCCUCAUCCUCACCGAUGAGGAGAGGAACCCAUGCAGGCAGCCGACCAAGGACAACAUCCGCAUGGCGAUGCACUGGCUGGUGCAGGGGUGCAGCUACGGCGACUCCCUGGUGUUCCAGUUCUCCGGCCUGGGCGCGCAGGUGCCCGACGACGACGGCGACGAGCUGGACGGCAUGGACGAGGCCCUCUGCCCCGUGGACUCGUUCCAGCAGGGCCCCAUCCUGGACGACGAGAUCAACGAGGCCAUCGUCCGCCCGCUGGUGCACGGCGUCAAGCUCCACGCCAUCGUCGACGCCUGCCACAGCGCCACCGUCCUCGACCUCCCCUACCAAUGCACCGUGUCCAAGCAGACCGGGCGCUGGAGGUGGAGGGACGAGCGCCCUAUGACCGGCGCCUGCAAGGGCACCACCGGAGGCCAGGCCGUGCUCAUCAGUGGCAGCAGCAACGGAAAGAGCAACAUGAGCGUGCUGCCUGAGCCCUACGCCACGAUCGGCGCCAUGACGCACAGCUUCAUCAGAGCGGUGGAGUGCGAGCCGCGCACCACCUACGGCCGCCUGCUCACCUCCAUGAGGGCCAUCAUGCGCGACAGCAGCGGCAACUGCAACCUGCAAGGCCCCAUCGGCGGCUCCAUCCGCAAGGUCGCAAACUUCAGCGGCGUGGAGGAGCCUCAGCUGUCCUCUGCCUACAAGUUUGACGUCGAGCGCGAGCCGUUCUGCAUGUAGAACCCGACCAGCGAAUUCGUCGUCACAGCGCUGCAGGCUACUGCACUCGACGAUUACUACCUAAUCAUGCAUCGACCGUACUGAAUAAUGGGCCGGUUAAUUAACUAUGAUGCUUGCUACUAGUAUGUGUGACGAUGUAUCACAUCACCUGCCGCCAUGCCAUCAAGAAUGAGCACUGCAUAGCUCAUACAAAGGCUCUGGAGGAACGUACCUCGUUCUCCACUCUACUGCACCUCACUGUAAUAUGGCCGUUGUGUGUCGUGUCGUCCCAUUAAAUAAAUCAAGUUCUAUGUA